ACAAAUACAAGUUUGAAAAAAAAUAAAAAAAUUCAAAGAUGGGAAUUAAAAAAGUUUUAGUAUUUAAGGUUUAAAAAAUAAAAUAUCAGUAAUCAAAAAGUUAAAAAUGAAAUUAAAUAAGAAAAGAAGUCAGGUACAAACAGGACAGAGAAAUCCGAAUGAGAAGGAUUAUCCACAGGAAUACAUGGUUUCCAGGAAAGACAGACCAAGAAGCCAUGGCAAAAAAUUAAUAAUAAUAUAAAAAAAUCAGAAAGGCAAAAAAUCAAAAAAUAAAUAAUAAAAUAUAUCAGAACUCAUAAAAAAAAAUUCCCGUAUAAAAAAUGAAUAAAAAUACCAAAGUGUAUUUUCUUGCGAUUAUGAUGUCCAAUUGUUAUCAUUAUUGAACAAAAAUAAAAUAAAAAAAUAAUUAUAACAGCACAUAAAGCAGGACUUGGAGAUGAAAUCAAUUUUUUUAUAUUAAGCUUUAAAGAGUUGUGAACUACAAAUUUGGAAAAAACAAAAAAUUUCAAAGAUAGGAAAAUAAAAAAGUUUUAGUAUUUAAGGUUUAAAAAAACAAAAUAUCAGUAAUCAAAAAGUUAAAAAUAAAAUGAAAUAAGAAAAGAAGUCAGGUAAAGGACAGAGGAAUCCGAAUGAGAAGGAUUAUCUCUAGGAAUACAUGGUUUCCAGGAAAGACAGACCAAGAAGCCAUGGCAAAAAAUUAAUAAUAUUAAAAAAUCAGAAAGGCAGAAAAUCAAAAAAUAAAUAAUAAAAUAUAUCAGAACUCAUUAAAAAAAUUUCAAAUACCAAAGUGUAUUUUCUUGCGAUUAUGAUGUCCAAUUGUUAUCAUUAUUGAACAAAAAUAAAAUAAAAAAAUAAUUAUAACAGCACAUAAAGCAGGACUUGGAGAUGAAAUCAAUUUUUUUAUAUUAAGCUUUAAAGAGUUGUGAACUACAAAUUUGGAAAAAAUAAAAAAUUUCAAAGAUAGGAAAAUAAAAAAGUUUUAGUAUUUAAGGUUUAAAAAAACAAAAUAUCAGUAAUCAAAAAGUUAAAAAUAAAAUGAAAUAAGAAAAGAAGUCAGGUACAGGACAGAGGAAUCCGAAUGAGAAGGAUUAUCUCUAGGAAUACAUGGUUUCCAGGAAAGACAGACCAAGAGGCCAUGGCAAAAAAUUAAUAAUAAUAUUAAAAAAUCAGAAAGGCAGAAAAUCAAAAAGUAAAUAAUAAAAUAUAUCAGAACUCAUUAAAAACAAAUUCCCGUAUAAAAAAUGAAUGAAAAUACCAAAGGUAUUUUCUUGCGAUUAGGAUGUCCAAUUGUUAUUAUUGAAUAAAAAUAAUAUAAGAAAAUAAGUAUAACAGCACAUAAAGCAGGACUUGGAGAUGAAGUCAAUUUUUUUAUAUUGAGCUUUAAAGAGUUGUGAACAAACACAAAUUUGGAUACAUGGUUUCCAGGAUAGACAGACCAAGAAGCCAUGGCAAAAAAUUAAUUAUAAUAUAAAAAAUCAGAAAGGCAAAAAAUCAAAAAAUAAACAAUAAAAUAUAUCAGAACUCAUUAAUGAAAAUACCAAAGUGUAUUUUCUUGCGAUUACGAUGUCCAAUUGUUAGCAUUAAUGAACAAAAAUAAAAUAAGAAAAUAAUAAGUAUAACAGCACAUAAAGCAGGACUUUGAGAUGAAAUCAAUUUUUUUAUAUUAAGCUGUAAAGAGUUGUGAACAAAUACAAAUUUGGAAAAAAAUAAAAAAAUUCAAAGAUGGGAAUUAAAAAAGUUUUAGUACUUAAGGUUUAAAAAAUAAAAAAUCAGUAAUCAAAAAGUUAAAAAUGAAAUUAAAUAAGAAAAGAAGUUAGGUACAAACAGGACAGAGAAAUCCGAAUGAGAAGGACUAUCUCCAGGCAUACAUGGUUUCCAGGAAAGACAGACCAAGAAGCCAUGGCAAAAAAUUAAUAAUAAUAUAAAAAAAAUCAGAAAGGCAAAGAAUCAAAAUAUAAAUAAUAAAAUAUAUCAGAACUUAUUAAUGAAAAUACCAAAGUGUAUUUUCUUGCGAUUACGAUGUCCAAUUGUUAGCAUUAUUGAACAAAAAUAAAAUAAGAAAAUAAGUACAACAGCACAUAAAGCAGGAACUGGAGAUUCCCAUCCUCCCUUUAUUGCCAUGUGGAAACCAGAUUACCAAAAUAUAAAAAUUGAAGACCUUUUUUCAUUUCUAAAAUGAAAUAUUAAAAAAAUGAAUUAAAUAAAAAAUAAAUAGAAAGUAGAUGAAAGCUUAGCUCCGUUCGGCUUGGGAGCUAAACUCUUUCUGAUUAAACGAAAGACCUACAACCACCUUCCCCAGGUGGUUGAAGUUUUCCAAAAGCCUACUUUAGCUUUAUAACGUUUUGCCAUAUCUCCUUCGGUCACACUUAAAAGGAUAGUAAAUUGGUUUUCGAUUUCUUUUUCGAUACAUUACGAAAUCAACCAUUCCUUAUCGGCCAACAAAAUUCAAAAAGGCGUUUAAAAUCUGAAAGUUUCCAGACACCUAAUUGCCUUGUUACAAAGUUUACGCUUAUAAAGACCACUACCAAGUAAAUAAUUAAGGGAUUUUAAUUCACUUAAACAGUACAAAUUUUGUCCAGUGUUAGGGCCAAAAAAAUAGCCAUGAGCCAUGGGCCAAGAGGGCUAAAUGGAUUAUCUCAACGUAUGACUUUAAUUGUGUAGUCAGUGGCUUUUGUCCGCAGCUUAGGAGGGAGACACAUCGACAACGAAACGACAACAUUGCAACAACUACAACAACAAUAAAGUGAACAACACCAACAAUAGGAACAACAACAACGACGAUGGCUUGUCAAUGCAGUCGACUAAAUCGAAUUAUCAUUAUGGCUGACUGAAGCUCAGUCAAACCUCAUUUGGCUCCGUAUCGGGGGUUUAGUUUCCCUUAGGCCCCAUAGUACCCCCCCCUUAUUGGACCCCUUGGAGCCCGUAGACUCUCUUCUAUCUCUGUCUAUCCAUCUACCUAAUUCAUAAGACCGCUUACUCCGAUGGAUUCCCUCCCUGGCCUCGUCGGUCGUCGGUCGACUGCCGACUUCCAUUGCGAUAUUUGAUACUUUGCAUAAAGAAAGGCAAAAUCAUUGGAAACAAAACAUAUUGCCCCAUGGCCUCAAUUACACUCCACUCUCUUCUGCAGCCGUGUAUGUGUGGGCUAAUCAAGCUUAUGGCCCAGUCUGAAUAUGUAUCUGUAUCUAUGUAUCCCAGUAUCUGUGUAUCUGAGCUUGGUGUAUCUGCAAAGUCUCUAAGUGACCGCUGAAAUGUACACGAGCACAGCAUGACUGAAGCAAAACACACGCUGCCUUUGCCUUUGGCCUGGCUUUUGUUUUUGCUUUGGCUUUUGCUUUUGGCCCGAUUGAAAGGCAAACACGGCACACACACUGGCCAACAUAUCAAAUUGGCAACAAUAUGUAUAACAACAAUGUGGACAGUAUUUAGCCUUGGCAAAUAACUUACUGUUGAAGAUGAAUAGGCAAAAAUGAAUCAACUGCAAGUGGCCCACAAAAAGGGCGAGUCAAGUGUUUUCAAAGGACAUUGGGAUAAAUGUUUUCAUUACCUCGAAGGAUAAAUUAAUCGAUUUUAUAUCGAUUUAAAUUUGGUGGCUUUUGAGGUGAUUACUAUUAUAUUUGUCUACUCUAAAAUGUUAAGAGAAAAUAGUCUAGAUAAUAUUUCAUUUCUAUGUAAAGUUUUUUCAAAGGACAUUGGGAUAAAUGUGUCUGUAAGCUCAAAGGAAAAAUUAAUCGAUUUUAUAUCGUUUUAAAUUUCGUAGUGGCUUAUGAGGAGCUGAAAUUUUGUACAGAUCUGUUCUAACAUCUUAAGAGCCAAUAGUUCAGACAACAGAAAGAUUUCUCAUCUAUGAUAUUCUAUGAGAUCUAUGAUAUUCUUCCCGCCCUCUUAUAAAUUAAAUCACACAUUUCAUAAAUUGUUUAUAAUUUAGAGAAAUCUGAAAACACUUGUCCGACUUUGUCAACAAUAUUUCCCCAAUGUUUACGAGCCCUGUAAUAAGUACAUUAGUUUGAAUGAUCUUAUUAAUAUGAACAAAGACACAGUCUAAUCAACUUGGGCGGCACUGCCCUGGUCGACUUCAAAAGAAAAACCCUCCUCGAGGAGGGAAACCUCCCGGGAGAGAAGGGGCUAUCAGGGAGGCCAGGGAAGAGGAAAAGCAAAUGGGGCGGAGACGGUCGCGGCAGCCACCAAAGUGUCAUGUUAAAUUGUUAUUUACAACAACAGGAAAUUCAUUCCUCUUGGCAGCCACCUUUUUUCUGGCUUUUUGCCUCAUUUUUAUUUUUUUUCGUCUUUUCUGGCGGGGCACCUGACCGACUGUCUUCUUUAUCGGGUGCCUGCCUCACGAAGCGCAUACUUUUAAUUAAGAAAAUAUCUCAGAGUGCUCGAUAAGAUGUCGUUGCUCAAUUUCGAUGUGAGGAGGUGUUAAUACUCGGGAUACGGAAUACCGAAUACGGAAUACGGGAGGGAGCCUCCUCCUCCUCCUCCUCUAGCGGAAUCAAAAUCUCACUCACACCUGACAUUUUGGCCUGGGCAUUGGCACGUCAUUCCGAUUGGUAAAUAAAUCAGAGCUAGGGCUUAUACUAUAUGCCACUUCUGUAGAUCGGGAUACCUAUUCAAAACGACAUUUUGAUAAAUAUAUUUGUCACUCGACAUCGGCGGCGGUGGCGGUGGCGGUCUGUUUACCGAGAAGCACCGAUUCGAAGGGGCGGGGUGAAAAAUUAAUAAACAACGGCAUACAUGAUGUUAAGCAAUUAAAAAUGUUAAUACCGUUUCAUAAAUCACAAAGACCACAAAAGCCCGGAUUCGACAGGGCCAACCAGAUUGGGCCGCCGCACCAUACGCUCCAUUCGGCGAUCUGGCCAAUAGUUGUCGCUCAUAAAUCCGGCUGUCAUUUUCCGAGGGCAUAAAUCGCAGCAUGCCACAACCAGGCAGAGCCACCAACCACUUCCAAUCGAAUCUCCAACCGAAUCUGAAUCUCAAAACCGUCGAAUUGAAAUUAAAAUUCAAAGUGUCAGCCCGAAAAGCCAGCUUUCGUACUCAUAUACCCGACUAUAAUAACAAUAAUCGGCGCUAUGGCUUAGAUAAUUUUGUCGAUUUUCGGAAAGUUGUUGACUUAAAUUAUGUAUUUUUUGUAUCGAUCGGUGUAUCUGUCUGUAAAAUAUGGCAAUCUUUGGCAUUUGGCUUGUUUCACUGCGAAAUAUGCUGCCAAAUUAUAAAUUCCAUGUUAACAAAAUUGUCAACUCUGGAAACUGUGGGAAAAUGCUUUGUUCGCCGAUUUGGCCAACUCUUUUUGUGUUCUUUUAGCAAUCCGUACGGACUGAAGGACACCGGAGCGGGCCCAGAGAUGGGUGCCUGGACAUCAGCAGGGCUCCAGCCCACGACGGGCUACUAUUCCUACGAUCCCAUGUCGGCCUAUGGCUAUGGAGCCAGCUAUGAUCUCGCAGCUCGUCGUAAAAACGCCACACGGGAGUCCACGGCCACCCUGAAAGCCUGGCUAAACGAGCACAAGAAGAACCCGUAUCCGACGAAGGGGGAGAAGAUCAUGCUGGCCAUUAUAACCAAGAUGACGCUCACUCAGGUCUCCACCUGGUUCGCCAACGCUCGGCGCCGUCUGAAGAAGGAGAACAAGAUGACCUGGGAGCCCAAAAACCGCACCGACGACGAUGACGACGCCUUGGUGUCCGACGACGAGAAGGACAAAGAGGACAUGGAGCCGAGCAAGGGCAACCAGAGCGGCGGCAGCUUGGCCAAAGAUGAGACCAAAGAGGAGGAGGACGCCAUCGACGAGGACCAGAAGUGCUUGGGCCAGGCCAAUAUUCUGCGAGCCGGCUUCGGCUACCCCUCGGGAGGAGGCGGUUACCACAGUGGCGGUGGCAGUGGAUCUGCUGGUGGCUACCACCCCUACCACCAACAGCAUCCCGCUUACUACCAGCCCGGGCAGCAAGGCAUAAUGCCGACGCCGUUCCAUGGGGGCGGUGGCGAGGCCAAGCUGCACGGGGCAAGUGAGCACGGGGAUCCAAAAAACCAGCUAGGCCGGGACUGUGGCGUGCCGAUUCCAGCUACCAAGCCCAAGAUCUGGAGUCUGGCCGACACAGUUGGCUGCAAGACCCCGCCGCCGGCCUACAUGGGUCACCAGGGGGGUCAUCCAGGGGGGAUGCCGCUGCAGCAGCACCAACAAUAUCCUCCGGUUCAGGUGCAGCCAGAUCUGGUCCAGGGAAUGGGACCACAGCAGCCGCAGCAGCAGCAGCAGGUGGGUCAGCCGCAGCACCCCCACCACCUCUUCAAUGGAGCCGCGGCGGGACAUCCCUACCUGAGACCGCACACCACGGCGUACGGGGGUUUUCUAGGGGCUACGACACAGCAGCUGCAUACUACGAGCAACAGCAACAGCAGCAGCAGCAACAGCAGCACCACCAGCAACAACUGUACUCCCUACAGCAGCAGUAUGCCGCGGCAGGAGCAGCAGGUGGCCACCAGCAGAGGGAGCGCGAACGGGAACGGGAACGUGAACGGGAGCGGUACACCUACCAUCCAUACUACGGCAAGUUCGGAACGAUACCAGCUCCAUCAGCUGCAGCGGCAGGCACAUCCGAGUCAGCGGGCGAUGGGGUUUCCCGAAGCCCAACCCGAUACUCCACCCCAAACUCCGCCGAAUAUGAAGGUCCUGAGCGGAGCUUUGAGUCUCCUGCCUACCAUCGCUUCUCAAGCCCCUAUGACCGCUACCUGUCGCAGCAGUAGCACUAAUGCCUUCGGCUACUUCUCGGCCAGACUGGGGGAGUACUCGCCCCGGGAUGACUACAGCAGCGGGAACAGCAGCAGCAGUAGCUCCUCCUCGCCCCAUCCGCACCAGGAGGCCAUGUUCAAGCCGCUCUUCAGGAAGUUUGCCAACUAAACUGUCCGAAAUAAAUAAAGAUAUAUAAUGAAAUCAUAAUUAAGGGCCCAGUGGGAUUGUGCAAGCAUGUUCGAUGACUAAUGAUGGAUUGUGUAAUAUUAAUCGUAUACCACAUCAAAAACCUAAUUAAUAGAGAUAACUUCAAGUUUCAUUCGAGUUAUGCAUCAUCGUAUUUAGAGUACCAGAUCAAAUGUUUCUCUUCAAAACGCAAUAUAAGCAUAGGUUUAAAUACUAAACUAGCGCAAUAAGAUUGUAAACUGUGAUACGUUUUUCAUUGUCUAACAGACUUUACACUAAACACUUUGUCUCUAUGAACACAUAAUCUAAAUAAUUUUAAAAUUCGUUUAAUAAAAUUCUUUAUAAUCAU